GCGCCCUCUUUUCUGGCUAGUCGCAUCGCGAAAAUGGAUUUGAGUCACCUCACGCGGACUGCAGUACUCUGUCAGUGCCUGCGGUGCUCCAGCUCGCUGGCCGUGCUGGAGAACGAAUGGGGUAAGCUGUCUAACAUCUAUGCCGUUGCGACGGCAUGGUUGAGUGUCGACCUGCAUCGUAUCUCGAUCUCCUCGGAGCAGAAGCACAUUCCGCAGACAUCGGAAAUGAGUCUUCUCCGAGGCCGCAUUGCCCAAGAUGUUACCUGCAAAUUGUGUCAGCAGAAACUGGCGGUCCUGUGUGGACUGGAUAAUGGUGCCAACAUUCUCUGGAAGAUUUCAAAGGUGUCAUUCAGAGACAUUGUGACGAUGCGAACCGCCGACCCCCUAUUCAAAGAUGGAGCCCUCGAUAAACUGCUCCCCCUCCCCCUCCAGAACCACCCCGACGUUCCGAUCAGGAUAAUGCUUUGGUUCCGACAGGCGCAAAUGAUCGAUUCUCACUGGAUCCAUCGAUGCAUCGUCAAAUGCAACAUCAAGGCCGAAAUUUCCAACUCGGUCAACCACUUGCAAGACACUAUGGCCGACUUGAAGCAUUCAUUCACAUCGCUUCGUAUCGAGUUGAACGGAGCAAACCGGAGCAUAGGCGAUCAUGGAUCCAUGGGUGGACCUGGUUUUGAUAUGAUUGCCACAGUCUUGAAGGAGUUGAAGUCCAAGUCGGAUGAAAUUGAAAAACUGAAGCUGGAAAUCGAGGCAUUGAAAUUGAAGAAUCGCUUCAUGGAGGAGCGCAAGCCGACCAGCGCGGACUACCCAUCCCAGAUGAAUGGUAGACUAGCUGAUGUGCAGAGCCCUGGUCUCCUUCAAGCUGGGAAAAAGCGUACUUGGCCCGACGCAUUCCCGAAUGGUCAGGCACCUGCGAUCGCGGACUCGUUUGACGAGGAGGAUAUGAUAGAUGACUUGUCACUGGAUAAUUUGCCAACAUACAAUGUUCGUGUGCCGCCUAAACAAUCUGCACGGCAGCUGCCCUCGGGGCCAGCCCAGCUUCGCAUAGAGGCUAGUCGACAGAACGACAGCACCCCAACCAGUACUCCACCCGAGGUCAACCGAGAGCAAACCGUGGCCAAACGACCGCGACUUACGCAGCACAACAAGGAGCCUGAAUUGAGUUCUGGCAAACCACGCCCCGGUCGGCCCCCCGGCCGGCCGCGAGUAUCCAACACUACCGGUCCGGAGCCAGAAGGCACGGUUGCUGCAACCUCGCAAAACUCUUCAAUGCAAAUCCCGAUAGCGCCCGCAAGUCCAGAUCCACAGACUGCUAAGCGCCGUCGCCUUCGCCGCAGCACACGUUCUCAGUCUUUCGGGUCGGCCUCGGCGCGGAUACAGGUUGAAGCAGAGGAAUCCAACGCCUCAGCUCAAGAUCCGUCGUUGUUAAUGAAUGGCGCGGAGGGCAAUGACAACGACAAUGGCGAUGUCCAGCAGAAUGGCGAAACCUCGUCCGCCCCGGCGAAAGGCUCCAGUAAAAAUGGGACAAAAGCUGUUGAGGAGGCAAGGGUUACGGAAGAAGAGAAACGAAAGGCCAAGAUCGCGGCGCGGGACGCCAUGACUCGGAGGGCUAUGGAACAGGAGGAAUGGAUGGAAACAGACGGAUCCCGUUAA